GCGAUCAUAAUGUAUUCUUCAACGGCAGACAUCUAAAUAAAAAUGGAUCCCUUAUCAACUGAUGAGGUUCUGGACAAAAUUGGUAGUUUUGGGCGAUACCAAUUUCUUCUUUUGAUAUUGAUGGGCUUUAUGCAGAUCUUUGGAGAUGGGUUUCAAGGCAUGAUAGCGUCCUUCUUGGCUGCAGAGCCUCCGUGGCGUUGUGUGAGCAACAGUUCAUCUUGUAAUAUCACUGGUAGUUUUUCACCAGGGCAAGAUGGUUAUAAACUACGAUGUAGGCUUCAUCGCGACCAAUGGGAGUUUGAUACCAGUGAAUUUACUUCGAUUGUAUCAGAAUGGGAUUUAGUAUGCGACCGAUCAAGCUUAUCCAGUAUGGCUAAGAGUAUUGUGUUUGCUGGGUAUAUGGUUGGCGUGAUAUUUGGUGGCAUAUUGUCUGACAAGAUAGGACGUAAACCAAUAGUGUUCUUUCCUUCUGUGCUUGCAAGCAUUCUCGCACUGACUGCUUCGUUUGCUAAUGUGUUCUGGCUUUUUGCGGUACUUCGAGGACUUGUUGGUGUUUGCCUUGGUAGUGCAUCUCUGGCUAUGUUUGUUCUCAUGGUGGAGUAUGUCGGCGUCAAACAUCGCGCAAUGGCCGGUACAAGCUUGUGGUACUUCUUCACCAUAUCGCUGAUGAUGUUAGUAUUAUUUGCGUAUCUUCUAAGAGAAUGGAGGAUGCUUUCUAUUGCCGCUGCAGCGCCUGGUUUGCUACAGGUGCUCUUCUGGUGGUUCCUUCCAGAGUCAUCGAGAUGGUUAAUAACGAGAGGUAAACAGGAUGAAAGCAAAGCAUAUUUCACGAAGAUUGCACGUUUCAAUGGAAAAGAGAUGCCACCAAAUCCAAUUGCAGUCGUGGAGGAGAAGCAACGUGUUGGCGAUAUACGAGACCUGUUCUGUUCCUUAAAACAUGCUCGGAUUACCCUAAGCAUUUGGUUCUCUUGGUUAGUCGUAUCCAUGGUUUACUGGGGCACAUUGUUUAGCUUUGACACAUUUGGUGGAAACCGUUAUCUCGCGUUCUUUCUAGUAGCCAUCGUCGAGGUUCCUUCAAUUUUCUUUACAAUAAAGUCCAUGGAUAGGUUUGGUCGAAAGAAAAGUUUAUUGGUCAGUUUGAUACUGGCAUCGAUAGCAUCCACAGCUGCGGUUCUUCUCCAAAGAGAUCCCUCACAAACAGGAUUUCGUGUUGGUCGCAUCGUAAUGUCCAUGACCGCCAAGUUUUUCAUCACCUUUGCCUUUGACACACUAUAUGUUUUUUCCGCCGAACUCUUCCCUACUGUCGCCCGAAARGUUGGUUUGGGGACGUCUUCUGCAGCCGGCAGAAUUGGUUCGAUUUCAGCUCCAUUUAUAGUUCAACUUAUCAGUAUCCAUGCUUUGAUACCGUAUUCUAUCUUUGCUAUCGCUUCGUUCAUCGCCUGUGUACUGUGUUUUACUUUACAAGAGACCAACAACGAGCCAACUAAGGAAGCAGUUGAAUCAGAGACUGAGAAACUUGUACACAAUGUGGAUGAUUAUGGGACCAAUGAUGAACGCCAAUCCUUGAUCUGAAGAGAUAUAUUUCAACAUAAAUUUAAUUUAAAAUUGUUUCUAAUAUAAGCUACAAUUACCACUGCCAAUUACCAAUUACCAAUUACCAUUUUUGCUUGAAAUCAGACCGUCUGCCCUUGACUUUUUAUAUCCAUUCCCUUGAGAACAUUAAUUCAGAGCGUAUUAAUUUUCUCCUUAAUAACAUAUUAACAUAACAUAUAUAUUGCUUUGCCUAUUUUUUAGCUUUCUCUUUCCCUUCCAGUGGUAGUGCUGCUCUUGAUCUUCCUUAAAAAAACACCGAUUGUUUAGAAAUUAAUCUGAAUCCACAAUGAUCAGUCCCACAACCAUCGUUUGGAUUAACCCUUAACGCCAAGCAACAUCACUUGAAAUUAAGUCAUCAAAUUACAAUUACAAUUACAACUUUUUUUUAGAGGUAUCAUUUCCUUUUUGUCGUUAAAUUGAUAGGAACAUGUGAGGGGGGUGGGAAAAGGGCGUGGCUGACUGAUUUUUAACCCGCCUAAGAGAUUGCUCUACRAAUAUUGUUAAAUUAAAUCAGUUACAAUGAUAAUAACGCAGAGAAAAAUCGAUA